GCGUUACUUCGGUGUUGAGAUUCUUUGUUUCAUGCAGUUUGGGUCGAUGAACGCAUGCUCAAACAAUGUUACCGGCUGUGCCCGACAGCUUUGUGUCGAUGUUGUAGCAACUUCGCGAUCUCACGAGAAGAGAGUGCGGACUUUGACUCGGAUUUUGGGUCUGACCAGGAGUCUUCAGUGCGACCACUGAAAGAGAAUGAUGUAGUUUCACCAAAGGCUUGGUCUGAAAGGUGGGGCAGCGUGGAACCAGGAUCUCUUUCCGGAUCUGUCACAGCGACAGCAUGCUUUCAGGAGUGGGACGGAACAGAUGAUGAGGAAGAUGACCACCGUUUUCAGGUUGAGUCAUUGUCACGACCUGGUUGGUGUAGCAAAUGCGACGCCUUCUUGGCGGGCCUGUGGCACCAAGGACAGAGGUGCUCCCUUUGCCAAAUUCUUACUUGCCACAGCUGUGCUGAAAAUGCCGGACCGUGUUUGGAACACCGGGUGAGGAGUGCUGUUAGCCGCGAAGAGAAGCUAAGAGUCAGGGUCAAGGAGCUGGAAGCAUUGCUUGCAUCGAGAGGUGGCAUUGGAGUGGUCUCACAACCAUGUAGAGCAGAUGGAGUUGAGGAGCCCAAGGCCAAUCCCAUCAAGCAUCAAGGGCUUCACAACAAAUUCGUCAACGAUGCUCUGCAGGUGCCGGAUGUGCAAGUUCAAGACUACUUGGAGACACAGCCCCUCUUCUCCACACACCUUGAUAUGAGUUUAGGUGAAAUUGCCACUGUGCUGUUGCAACCAUUGUUUUUUGAACGAGUGUUUCAAGCUGAUGUGGGCGCCUUCAAUGUUGCUGCUUCGCAUUGGGGCCAAACCCAACAGAAGCAUCAUCGCGUCCGUGCCUUUAAGUACAAUGUACCUGUUCCUGCAGAUAUUCCUGCUGCCAUCCGCUCGGUGCUAACUCUUCCUGAACAUGGAACCUGCAGAGCGCUUUGUCGCUUGAAGACAAGCGCCAGUGAAGUUGUCGUGACGCUCCAGUUUAUCACCGAAGGUUUGCCUUUCAGCGAUUCGGUUCGUUUGCAGGUCACAGAUGCCUUCGUGCCUGUCAACGGGCGAGGAUCAAUACUGCGGCGAUGGGCAGUUGUCCUCUGGAUGAAGGAGCUACCAUGGGCAUUUCGAUUCCUCAAGAAUAUCAUUGUGUCGCAAGUCAUGGAGCGAGGACGCCAAGCAGCAGAGAUAUUGGUGAGGCAUCUAUUGUCCGACUUGCGAGUCCUUCAUGCGCGACAGGCUGGAUAGGGCUAGUGGCUAGUUCAUGCUUUGACAGCGCUGGCGCCGAAAAAAGAGUCAUUGAAGUGGGAGCAGUUGUCAAUGGAUAGUUUAUACAGUAAGUGAAAUUU